CACCCAACGCAGGCGCAGCGCAACCCUAGCGAGCGGCACCGGCAGGGCUCCGCGCCUCCUACUCGCCGGAGAGCUUUCUGCUGUUGGGUUUGGGUUUGGGGGAGUUUGGCUGGUGGUGUUCUUGACGGCAUGGAGGGUAUCCCGCCGCCAGCGAGCUCGGGGUCGGAGGUGACGGAUGCGGGCUCCGGUGCUGCGGCUUCCGGGAAGGUGGACGCCGGCGGCGGCGGUGGCGCGUCCUCCAUGGGGGAGCGGUUCGCUGAUCUGUGCAAGAGCAAGCUGGGGCUUGACGAGAGCACGACGAGGCAGGCGAUGCAGCUGUUCAAGGAGAGCAAGAGCGUCCUCCUGUCCAGCAUGUCGUCCUUGGGCAGUGGAUCGCCUGAGGAGAUCGAGAGAUUCUGGUCUGCUUUUGUUCUUUACUGCGUGUCAAGGCUUGGCAAAGCAGGGAGAGGGAAGGAAGAUGGUGGCAUCACACUGUGCCAGAUAUUGAGGGCAUUUAGGCUGAACAUUGUUGAUUUCUUCAAGGAGAUGCCGCAGUUCUGCAUAAAGGUUGGGAGUGUUCUUGCUGGCCUCUAUGGUUCAGAUUGGGAGAAAAGGCUUGAGUUGAAGGAACUGCAAGCAAAUGUUGUCCAUUUAAGCUUGCUAAGCAGGUAUUACAAGCGUGCCUACCAGGAGCUCUUCCUGUUAAAUGAUGCCAAACCAGCAGAAAAUUCUGCAGAGCCAAAUGCACAACAAGCCUCUGACUAUUAUCGCUUUGGAUGGUUACUUUUCUUGGUGUUAAGAAUCCAAACAUUCAGCCGAUUUAAGGAUCUUGUUACAUCCACGAAUGGACUAGUUUCUGUGUUGGCCUUACUUAUUGUUCAUGUUCCCGUGCGUCUAAGGAAUUUCAAUAUCAAGGAGUCAUCUAGUUUUGCUAAGAAGUCAGAUAAGGGAGUAGAUCUUAUUGCUUCUCUUUGUGAAAAGUAUCAUACAUCAGAAGAUGAAUUGAGUAAAGCAAUGGAAAGGACAAAUACUCUCAUAGUGGAUAUUCUGAAGAAGAAACCAUGCCCGGUUGCUUCGGAAUGUCAACAGGAUAGUUUGUCUUUCAUUGAUCCAGAGGGCUUGACAUAUUUUAAGGAUUUGCUUGGAGAAGCCUCACUGAAAUCAAGUUUGCUAAUCCUGGAAAAGGAAUAUGAAAAUGCAAUUAACACUAAAGGAGAGCUAGAUGAGCGCAUGUUCGCUAAUGAUGAGGAUAGCUUGCUUGGCAGUGGAAGUCUUUCAGGAGGUGCCAUUAACUUGCCAGGCACAAAGAGGAAGUAUGAUGUCAUGGCCUCACCUGCAAAAUCAAUAACAAGUCCAAGUCCGAUGUCUCCUCCACGGUUUUGUGCGUCACCUAAUGGAAAUGGAUACUGCAGCUUAAAAAUGGCUCCUAUCACUCCAGUGAGCACAGCCAUGACAACAGCCAAGUGGCUUCGGAGUACAAUCUCUCCCCUUCCUUCUAAGCCUUCUGGGGAGUUACUGCGCUUCUUCUCGGCUUGUGAUAAGGAUGUAACAGAUGACAUUACACACAGAGCUGGUAUUAUACUUGGAGCCAUAUUCACAAGCAGUUCUUUUGGUGAGCGUAUAUGUACCAGUCUGCGAAGCACAAACAGGAUUGAUGCUAUCUGGACAGAGCAAAGAAAAAUGGAAGCCCUUAAGCUUUACUACAGAGUUCUGGAAUCAAUGUGCAGAGCAGAGUCGCAGAUCUUGAGUGGGAACAAUCUUACAUCGCUUCUGUCUAAUGAGCGAUUCCAUCGGUGUAUGAUUGCUUGUUCUGCUGAGUUAGUGCUGGCCACUCACAAGACAGUCACAAUGAUGUUCCCAGCCGUGUUAGAGAAAACUGGCAUAACAGCUUUUGACUUGAGCAAAGUCAUAGAGAGUUUUGUUAGGCAUGAGGAUACACUUCCACGAGAGUUGAAGCGUCAUUUGAAUUCACUUGAGGAACGUCUUCUGGAAAGCAUGGCAUGGGAGAAAGGCUCAUCAAUGUACAAUUCUUUGAUUGUUGCCAGGCCAGCGCUAUCUGCAGAAAUAAACAGGCUAGGUUUAUUGGCUGAACCAAUGCCAUCACUUGAUGCCAUUGCGGCGCAUCAUAAUAUUUCACUCGGGGGACUGCCACCUCUUCCCUUUCAAAAGCAAGAACAUUCACCAGAUAAGGAUGAAAUCAGAUCUCCCAAAAGAGCAUGCACGGAAAGGAGGAAUGUACUGGUGGACAACAAUUCAUUUAGAUCACCAGUCAAGGAUACCCUCAAAUCGAAGUUACUACCUCCUCUCCAAUCAGCAUUUGCAAGUCCAACAAGGCCGAAUCCUGCAGCUGGGGGAGAAUUAUGUGCUGAGACAGGAAUAGGUGUAUUUUUGAGCAAGAUAGCAAAGCUUGCAGCUAUUAGAAUCAGAGGUCUUUGUGAAAGACUGCAACUUUCUCAGCAAGUCUUGGAGCGAGUGUACUCCCUUGUACAACAAAUCAUUAGCCAACAAACUGCUCUCUUUUUCAAUCGGCACAUUGAUCAGAUUAUAUUGUGCAGCAUAUAUGGAGUUGCUAAGAUAUCUCAACUGGCACUGACAUUCAAGGAAAUUAUUUUUGGCUACAGAAAACAAUCUCAAUGCAAGCCACAGGUUUUCCGUAGUGUUUAUGUUCACUGGGCAUCACGAAGCCGCAAUGGGAAAACAGGAGAGGAGCAUGUUGACAUUAUCACUUUCUAUAACGAAGUAUUUAUUCCUACUGUGAAACCUUUGCUGGUGGAACUAGGUUCUGGUGCUAGUCCAAACAAGAAGAAUGAGGAAAAAUCUGCUGCUGAUGGUCCAUAUCCAGAAUCUCCUCGGUUAGCUCGGUUUCCAAACCUUCCUGACAUGUCUCCCAAGAAAGUUUCUGCUGCUCAUAAUGUAUAUGUUUCACCACUGCGCUCAUCAAAGAUGGAUACUUUGCUGUCCCCAAGCUCCAAGAGCUAUUAUGCCUGUGUAGGGGAGAGUACACAUGCAUUUCAGAGCCCCUCUAAGGACCUUAAGGUUAUAAACAACCGCCUAAACAGUGGGAAGAAAGUCAGCGGCAGACUAAACUUUGAUGUUGUCAGUGAUCUGGUUGUUGCCAGAAGUCUCAGCGAUCAAAAUGGUGCAUCAGCAGCAACAGCAGAUAUUGCCACAAAGACACCAGUGAAAUUGGAGCAGCCAGACUGCUAGUUUGAGUAAACAUCACCUGUCCAAUACAGCCUAGUGAUAGAAAUGCUAAUCUGAUAGGUUUCAGCUGAUCUAAUAUUAGAUGGAGUAUUCAGAAGUCCCAAUUUUCACUAGUUAUGUUUCCUGACAUGGGGAAUUCCUCAGUGAGCAGCUCUACCUUCUGUCACAUAAAAGAGAUGCCCUGUGAUCUCCCCCUUAACCAGCCUCACUAGUCUUUUUUGAGCUUUUCGUUUGGAAGAGUUGAUACUACAGUCAUGUAAUGUACUAAUAAGUUAACGGCUUUUGUAAAUGAAAUAUGUCUCUGUCAUGCCGGCUUAGUUGUGGAUCCUUCUUGCUGUUUUC